AUGGCGGACAAGUUGCGCACCAUCCAGAACCUCGAGGCUCUUCAGGCCCGCUACGUCGGUACCGGCCACGCCGACACCACCCGACACGAAUGGGCCCAAAACAUUGUCCGUGACAGCUACGCCUCCUACAUCGGCCACCCGCCUUUGCUGCAGUAUAUGGCAGUUGGCUUGAAUGAGCCUAAGGAGAAGGUUCGCAUGCAGAUGCUUGAGAAAAUGGUUCGAGGAGCGGGGAACCCGCCAGAGAUCGAAGAUUAA